AUGUUGAAAGCGGUUCGUUUCGCUACAUUGCUAGUUUACUUUAUCAUAUGUGUUAAUGGCUCAAAAAAAUCAUGGUUGAGUGCGAAAGAAAUUAAUAAAUGUUUGGAAAAGUCUAAAGAAUUAAAUACAGGUUGUGAUUUUAUAAAAUGUUUUCAUGAACGUUACAAAUGUAAUGCUGAAAGUGUGACAGCAUGGGCGCAUGAAUUAUGUCAAUCAUUUCCAAAAGAAAUUAUUCUACAAUUUACGCCUCCCGGGCGACAAAUGAUGAUUAAUAUACAAAAUUGUACACAAAAUUUUCUUGCGCGCACAUAUCGUCAACGAAAAAAAUUAAAUUGUGAUGGAUUUGAAACGAAAUACUUUUCACAAGUAACCAAAUGUUAUGCAUAUGAAAAAAAUUUUUGUCAAGUAUUUAAAGAUAAUAGACAAAUUUUUAUGCAACAAGCAACAACAGUAAUGCUUAAAAAGCCUCGCGCAUUACAAGCAUUUUCAAUCGCAGGCAAAAAUUGUACACGAUUUAGCUACUCAUAG